AUGGCAGGAGUGUCGCUAAACUUGUCGGAUUCCGACCGAUCAUCUUCCAGCGACCAGUCUGGGUCCAGCCGGAGCAGCAACCGAAGUCUGAGGGUCGCAGAAAAGGAGAGAAGAAAGAACGAGGCGGAGGACCCGUUCGUGCUAGCAUUGAAGUACUUCUCUGCCGUUGAAGCAGGCACUCCUGUGUUUGGGAAUGAUGAGUUUGAGAAUAAUCUGGUCCUGGUGGAGAGGGUGGCCUACAGCAGGGGACUUCCCCCAGAGGCCAUUUCUGUCAUGCUGGAGUUCGCCAUGAGCCUCCGAAUGGGGACUAUUCCAUGUGUGCGGGUGCUGAAGUGUCUGAUUCCAGCCUCUGUGGUGCCACAGGAAGCUGUUGUUCGAGCAGUCGUUUGGUCAAGUGUAAACAAAAUAUCCAUCAGCACUCAGGUUCUUUUCAUAAAGUGGGUGUUGACUGUUUUCGACAUGAUCGAUGCAAAAGAUCAGCUUCGAGCAAUCUAUGGCUUCAUCUUCAACUUUGUCACAGAGGAGAACCUGUGUCCUUUCAUUUGCCAUUUAUUGUACCUUUUGACCCGAAAGGAAAGUGUGAGAGUCUUCAGAGUUAGGAAGCUGCUGGAGCUGCAGUUUAAACUGGGAAGGCAGCCAUUCCUCCUGCACCUGCUCUCACUUUAUAAAGUGUUUUGCCCUGAGCUGGUGACGCUCUCCAUUCCAUCACGGAUGAGGAGCGGGUUUAGGAACCAUGUUUCCCCCUGGAAGUCGGCCCUGCUUGGUGUCCAGAAGAGGAACGGUGUGGCAGCUGUGUCCGGCAUCAGCCUGACCGUGACCAUCAAAGACAGAAGCAGCUCCAGGAAAAGGAAACACUGUCACCUGCAGCUGCCAGCCGUGACUUGUGUCAUCAACAAAGAUGCUCAGACUGAACAGAGCUCCAGCAGGAAGUUGGUCCCUCUGGCUCAUCUUCAGUCCUUUGAUCAGCUGCUGAAAAAUGUUCAUCGCAUUGAGCUGCCGGCUCAGAUGGGCUCACUCCUGGGCUCCAGUCUCGCUCUGCAGUACUUGGACUGUGUGCAGGAUGAGUCUGCCCUCCUGCGCCUGAACUUCUGGCUGGGCUGUGCUCUACACGAAGAGUUUUUGUUCUGCAGUGAUGGAGAGGCCACCCAGACUUCAGAGGAGGCGCUCCAGUUUUUGAACAGGUUGCUGUCUGCUCAGCACUUCCUCCAGGAGGGGUUUUCCAGUUCUGAUACUUUUCUCUACAAGUUCCUCAACGUUUGGGAUGGCUCUCUGCUGCGUCCGCAGAUCCUCGGCCUUCUGAGCAACAUCCCUGUCGUUCCAAGCUCACAAAUCAGAAAACUUCUGUUUGAGCCCCUCACGCAGCUUUUCUUCACAUCCUCGCUCUUUUUCAAGUGUGGGCUGAUCGAGUGUUUAAACAAUAUGCUGCUGAAGUGGCUGACGUGGCAUUCGGUGUACGCUCUGGAGGACGACCUGGACAUCAGUCUUAACAGCCACACGUCCGUAAACAUGACUUUGUCGGGGUUCAAGGACUCUGUGAUGGAGCUGAUUCACUUCGUGGGUCGGUUGGCGUCGCUGAGCCUUCAGCUGGAAGGCUGCCACACCCUCCUCCUCAGCUUCAUCCUGGAUUUCUAUGAAACUGUGUGUGACACUUUUCUGAAGUUUGGCCUUCCCCUCGUGAUCAUGCCUCCUCCUGGAGUUUUUUACCCAGCUUUCUUUGCCACAGACCCAGUCAGCGUGGACAGACUGGCCUACAUCAUGCACAGGUACAAAGUGAACUUGACAUCAGCCAAGAGUCAAGAGAAACAGAAGGAGCAGGCCUUCCACAUCAGCCGACAGACUUUCCAGGACUUCAACCACUGCGUCGUCUUCAUGGUCAACUGCCUGUGGAACUCCAGGAUGUUUUUUCCGGGUUCGGACAUUCAGCUGGGAGAGGAGCUGCUCCUCAACAGCGAAGUCCCGCAGUACUGGACCAGCUUCGACCUCAUCCACCACCCCGCCUUCAUGAGCUACGCUCUGGACUUUCAUCAGAAGUGUUGGCCGAGCAGAAAGAACAUCAACCUCAGUUCCUUAAAGGACUCGAAGCCGUGGAGCUGGUACCUGGAGUACCUGUUCAAUCAGGGCUUCGACGGCCUGAAAGACUUCGUUCAGAGUAACGUCAGCCGGCAGGUGACUGCAGGCGACGCUCAACACAGGUAG